AUGAGGGGCUUUAGCUCAGGCUCUGCUAUCGUAGGAGGUGGCGGUGGUACCAGAAGCAGUUUUAGCUCCGUCUCUGUCUCCAGAGUUGGAGGAGGAAGAGCCGGAGGUGGAGGAGGAUUUGGAGCUGGUGGUGGCUUCGGCAGCAGAAGUCUCUAUAACCUAGGUGGAAGCAAAAGAAUUUCCUACAGCUCAGUCGGUGGAGGCGCUGGUUUUGGCUUAGGAGGAGCUGGUGGUGGUGGCGGCUAUGGGCUGGGCAGUGGAUUUGGGCUGGGAGGUCCCGGAUUUGGUGGUCGAGGUGGCCCUGGGUUCCCUGUUUGCCCACCCGGUGGCAUCCACGAAGUGACCGUCAACCAGAGCCUCCUGGCACCCCUCAAGCUGGAUAUCGACCCAGAAAUCCAGAAGGUGCGAACACAGGAGCGGGAGCAGAUCAAGACCCUCAACAACAAAUUUGCCUCCUUCAUCGACAAGGUGCGCUUUUUGGAGCAGCAGAACAAAGUGCUGGAGACCAAGUGGAGCCUCCUCCAAGAGCAAGGUCACACAGUCACCAGGAAGUCCCUUGAGCCCCUUUUUGAAGCCUACAUCAACAACCUCAGACGGCAGCUAGACAGUCUUGUGGGAGAGAGAGGGCGGUUGGACUCUGAACUGAGGAACAUGCAGGACAUGGUGGAAGACUUUAAGAACAAGUACGAAGAUGAGAUCAACCGGCGCACCGGUGCAGAGAACGAAUUCGUGGUGCUCAAGAAGGAUGUGGAUGGUGCUUACAUGAACAAGGUCGAGCUGCAGGCCAAAGCAGAUGCGCUGGCAGAUGAAAUCAACUUCCUGAGAGCUCUCUACGAAGCGGAAUUGUCCCAGAUGCAGCAGCAAGUGUCCGACACCUCUGUGGUCUUGUCCAUGGACAACAACCGUAACUUGGACCUCAACAGCAUCAUCGCAGAGGUCAAAGCGCAGUACGAGGACAUCGCCAACCGGAGCCGGGCAGAGGCUGAGGCUUGGUACCAAAACAAGUACGAGGAACUCCAGGUCUCUGCCGGGCGACACGGUGACGACCUGCGUAACACCAAGAUCGAGAUCUCAGAGAUCAACCGGAUGGUCCAGAGGCUGCGAAACGAGAUUGAGAGCGUGAAGAAACAGUGUGCCAGCCUCCAGGCCGCCAUCGCCGAGGCAGAGGAGCGCGGGGAGCUGGCCCUCAAGGAUGCCAAAGCCAAACUGGCCGAGCUGGAGGAUGCUCUGCAGAAGGCCAAGGCCGACCUGGCCCGGCAGCUCCGGGAGUACCAGGAGCUCAUGAACGUCAAGCUGGCCCUGGACAUCGAGAUCGCGACCUACAGGAAGCUGCUGGAGGGCGAGGAGAGCCGGCUUGCCGGAGAGGGAGUCGGAGCCGUGAGCGUCUCCGUGGUCAGCAGCUCGAGGGAGACGGGCUACGGCGGCGGCAGCGGCCUGGGCGGAGGUCUCGGCAUGGGCGGAGGUCUCGGGUGGGAGAAUCUGCCAUUUGGUGGUAUCUCCGCCGAGUACACACAAACACAGAAAAGCUUUCGGAUAGUCAAAGUUACGUGA